UUUGAAAGACGUACAGUUUGGGUUUGGGGGUUCCAAUCUUCAGAAUCGCUCAAAUUUUGAUCUCACCCGAAGCUAGAGUCUCCCUCAUCAACCCUAAUACCACUUUGUAAGGCCUUUGAUUACGUCUUAGAAUUGCACAAGGAAAGAUGGAUGUAAACCAAUGGAUUCAGAAGACUGUGAGGAGUUUACUGAUGUCUUCUUCUGGCUCAAGUUCCGUGUCAUCUCUAAUGCCAGAUUUGCAAAGAGGAAGUUGGAUGAAUCUGUUUUCUUGGGGAAUCGGCUUCAGAUCUCAUAAUGCUCCUGAAUUCGAGAGUCUCAGUGACACAAAGGACAAGUUAGAGACAAGGAGGAAAGAUGUGCAUUCAAGAUCCAACCCCAAGUCACAAAAUCGGACAAUUUCUCCUCACAAAGGAGUUUGGAAAGAGAGAUGGAGUACCAGUUCCAUAGAAGAGACGCUCCCAUUACUCUAGUUUCAUCUGAUCAGGAGUAUUUUGGGUCAGCUUCAAUGAAUCAAACGGUCAGGGAGAAACUGGACAAGGUAAAGGAACCUACUACGCUAAAACAUUUCUUCAUUGGCUUGUAGAUUCAAGAAAGUGGUAACCAAAAGAGAAUAAUACAAACAGAACCGGAGUUGAAGAAAACCGGAGUAGUCGAUAACCGAAGAAGAAUCUAACUCAUCUUGGCUCUAUGCUAAGCUAAUCCCAAAAAAGCAUGUUUAACUUAAUAUUAAUAGCGUGCUCUUUGUGUGAUAUUUUGUGAAUAUU